AUGGACGUCAUCCUCCACGAGGACCACACCAUCCCGCUGGUGGCGGUCAACGUCUGGUAUCACGUCGGCUCCAAGAACGAGGAAAUGGGCCGCACCGGCUUCGCCCACCUGUUUGAGCACGUGAUGUUCGAAGGCACCAAACACCACAACCGCAGCCACUUCGAGCCUCUGCAGAAGGCCGGCGCCAACCUCAACGGCUCCACCACCACCGACCGCACCAACUAUUGGGAGGAUGUGCCGUCCAACUACCUCGAGUUGGCCCUCUGGCUCGAAGCCGACCGCAUGGGCUUCCUGCUCGACGGCCUCGACCAGCAAAGUUCGACGUCCAGCGCGACGUGGUGA